GCCGCCGACGAGGUAGCAGUCGUCCGCCGCGUCGACUCGCCGCACAUCGUCCGGUGCCACUCGGUCCUCCCGACGGCGUCCGGCGACUCCGCCUUGCUCCUCGAGCUGAUGGACGGCGGCUCGCUCGACUCGCUCGUCAGCGGUGGCUUCCCGGAGGCGGCGCUGGCGGAGGUGGCUGCGCAGGCGCUCUCCGGCCUGGCAUACCUCCGCACUCGCCGCGUCGUCCACCGCGAUAUGAAGCCGGCCAACCUCCUGGUCAGCAGGACCGGGCAGGUCAAGAUUGCCGACUUCGGCAUCGCCGAGGUCGUCUCCCGCGCCGGCAGCCACCGUGCGGCAUACGAGGGCACCGCCGCGUACAUGAGCCCGGAGCGCUUCGGCACGGAGCGGCCGAACGACGGCGAGGAGGAGGUCCGUGUCGACCCCUAUGCCGCCGACGUUUGGGGCCUGGGCUUGAUCGUCUUGGAGCUCUUGAUGGGCCGGUACCCGCUGCUCCCAGCUGGGAAGAAGCCGACCUUUCCGGCGCUUAUGUGGGCCAUCUGCUUCGGCGAGCUGCCGGCAAUUCCCGACGGCGCGGCGUCGCCGGCUCUCCGGGAUUUCGUGGCCGCCUGUCUGCACAAGGACCAACGGAAGCGGGCUACCGUUGCGGACCUCCUUGCGCACCCAUUCGUCACCGGAAGAGACAUGGCAGCGUCGAGGCGUGCGCUCUGCCAAGUGAUCGAGCAGCGGUGUCGAUAAGGAUUAGGCUGUCGUGUAGUCAAAAUGUAGGUAGUUGCAUAUACUUUGGACUCUGGAAUGGACGGUCUGGUUAUGAAAUAGAUUGGGUUUUUU